AUGUCUUCGUCGGCGAGAGGCUCUCCCACGAAGCCACCACCUUCUUCUUCUUCCUCAUCAACCACAACCACAACAACCUCUAUGGUGAAUCCAACCACCUUGAAUUUUGCAGCAUCUACCUCGAGUUUUUCAAUGGGAUUUAAAUCUUCGGGAUUUCAAGGCUUGUCGUUGCCGUUUAAUAGCGUGGUGGCUCAACAACCCUUGUUGGGAGGAGGAUCAUCAAUUAUUUCUACAGAUCCGAACGAUCCCAAUUCACAAUAUCACUCCAAUCAUCAUCAUCAAAAUUCAUCACGAUCAUCAAACUCUUCAUCCACACCUUCUUCCUCUCCGCCACCCACUAUGAAUUUUGGAUUUAUUGAAUCCAUCUCAACAAAAUCAAGUGCAGUAAAUAGCAACAACAAAUCGAACAAUCCUCCACAAAAACCAUCUUCUAAUUUAUUUUCCAGUAAUAAUCAUCACGAUCGUGAUUCAUCACCAAAUUCAUCAUUGAAUUCAUCAUCGAACGCCACCACUAACAAGACGUCCUCUCAUCACGAAAAUGAAUUGGAAUUUCUGAAGCAACAAAUAGAAGAAACAAAGGAAAAGUAUGAAACGUUCCGAAAAGGUUUUCUCAUUGAACGCAAUCAACGACUCAAAACAGUUCAUGAUCUGUACAAAUUCACAAAAAAGAUGGAAGUGCUACAGAAACAAUUAUUCGAGAAGGACUCUGCUCUGCUCGUUCUCACGACUGAGAAUGUCAAAUUGAAAGAGGAAAUUUAUGAGAUACAAAAAUUUGGUGGAAGCAACAGUACCAGUACCUCAAAUUCUGUCACACCCUCUGCACAAGCCAAUCAAACAAACUCUACAAUCUCCAGCAACAACAGCAAUGGAGAGGGUAAAAAGCGCCAAGGUUUCCUAUUCACAAAGAGGAGAAAUCUGUCAUCGGACGCUGCUGACACGACCAACAAUUCAUCCUCCAACUCGGAGAACAACAAGAACGAGUUUGGUGUCACGGAUUCACCCUCCAAGAUCAACAACAAUGAAAGUAAACUCGAUGCAAUCCAAGAGAUGAAGCACUGGAGAGAGCUCUACAGAAAAACACAAAAUGAUUUGAAAAAGAGAGAAAAACAAAUCAGCGAUUUACAAUCCCAAGAACAUGUUCAAAAACAAAUGCUUCAAGAAAUUCAAAGCAAAUAUCGAAGUAUCGAAGCUACACUUUCAAAACAUCAAGACCAACUCAACAGCUUAAAAUCAGAAUUAUUUGAAAAAGAACAAUUGAGCAUGAGAUUACUGAACGAAAACGAAUUUUUACAACAUCAAUUAACCAUGGAGAGGACAGAGAACCAAAGAUGGAAGGAUGAAUUUUUAGAAAAUUAUAAAAAUUUGGAACAAACAGCAAGUUCUCUAAACAGUGAAAUUGAGAGAAAGGAUUUGGAUUUGCGACGACUCUCAGAAAAGUGCAUGGAAUUGAAAGAACAGUUGAAUUCCGUUCGCUUGCAAAUUCGAAAAUUCAAAUGCAAACGUAUUUCCCAAGGAGGAUUGGCAAGUAAAUUUGGACUUGGUUCUGCCACAAAACAGGACGCGGCAAUCAUUUUACACAAGAAUCCAAGAAAUGGUCUACUGUGGGUAGACAUUAAAUUGAGAUCAAAAGAUGACAAUCUUGACUUGAACAAUGCCAUUCAUUCAAAUAUGAUGCAGUCACAUCCUCUCACAUCCAUCACAGACAUUGUACCUGAUGUCCAUGAUUCUAAACGAUUUUCCAUUUAUUUCUUUUCGAAUGCAACAGCUAGUCCCUCAAAGAAUACCCCCAAUGCUGUGAUAGAAACGUUUGAGUGUUCGAGCGAAAGCGAACGAACCGAAAUCAUGCAAGGAAUUCAAGAAUUCAUCAGUAUUGCAGCACAAUCAAAUUAA